CUCAUGUACGCGUUGCUCCACACCCCCCCCACUCUCGCUUCAUUUCACUUACAGCAACGUUUCCAACCGGCCUCAUCAGAGAUCGCUCGCAUGGCGACCCUUGAUCUACUGGACGGCCAAGCGUCUGAAGAAGUUCCCCGGGUUGCUGUUGAGGAUACAGAUCCCAGUGUCCCUUCAGAAAAGAUUGAAAAAUACCCUAUUCAAGCUACAGAUCACAGUGUUUCCAUUAAAGGUUCUUCAGAUCUCCCAGUACAGGAUACAGCAACAGUUAACCUGGAGCAAUUAAUUGCAAAGCCUUGGACGACAAAACGGCCUGAAGAGAAUGAGAGUCAAUACAUUGAAGGAGAAUGUUUAUCAGAAGAAGAUAUGAAAGACAGUAAAUCGUGCACAUAUUGUUUAGAAACAUGCAGAAACUCAUUGUUAACUUCAAAAUGCAUCACUCCUCCUCCUUGCAUUGGUGACAUGAUGAAUGAUGAAGAUUUGCUAUACACACUGAGGUUAAAGCUGGAUCCACACCACCCAACCAUCAAAAACUGGAGGAACUUUGCCAGCAAAUGGGGCAUGACCUAUGACGAACUGUGUUUCUUGGAGCAGAAACAACAAAGUCCAACUUUAGAGUUCUUGCUGAAGAACAGUGACCGAACUGUAGCACAGCUGAUUGACCUGUGCAAGUUUUACAAGAGGGUAGAUGUAUUGAAAGUGCUGGAGGCAUGGGUAGAGAAAGAGUGGCCUAAACAGUGGCAUACAAAAUAAAACAAAGUUAAAAGUUUUUUCUUCUGUCAACUUGUGUCAAACAUAUGUAGACAAAUCUCUGAUGUUUUGGUGCUUUUUACUGCUCAGUGCUAAAACUUUAGGGGGAAUAUUACACAGUGAUAGAUAGAAUUGAGGAAGCAAUAGGAAGGCUGAAAGAAUUGUGUGUAUUUGUGUGUCUGUCUAUUCCUCUGCAGCUCUGAGUGUUUCUUUACCCAUUAAAAAUAUAGCUCAUUUUACAUUGGAAACAUCAGGGCAGUUCAAACAGGCUGAAUUUCUGGUAAGGCUGAAUGUAUUUGUUUGUUUGGGUCUGAGAAAUUUUGGGAAUAUUUUUAAGUCUUAAUGGAUUAAAAUGUUACCUUUCUGCUUAGAACUUUGUUUUGCUGCUUGUUUUAAACUAUAACAUGAAAGACUGAAAGUGCGUAUUUCCUGUCAUUUUGCAUCAAUGCAUAGAACUUUGAAAGCACAUCAACACAAUCAUGUCAACGUAACUUAAAAACCUAUCAGAGGGAAUUCUUGAUGCAUCUAAAAAUCUGACAUUUGAAACCAAUGAAAGUAAGAUGGUUGUGAAGAU